UAAAAACUUGUUGUUGAAAUUACAAAAUGAACUGCUGGUUUGUAUUUAUCAAAAUAUUGUACAACAGCUUAUUUAUGAAAAUUGCAGAUAUUAUAUUUUUUAAUUUUAUAUACUUAUAACAUAUAAAUAUUUUUUUAUGUUCUCUUUUAGUGAAGGAGAGCCUUCGGCCAGUAGUUCAAGGAACCCACGUAAAGGGAUGUUCAAUAGAAAUUAUGGAAAAACUCCAGCUGCAAAGCUAUAUGAAGCAGUGACUGUUAAACAGCAGUAUGAAGGAGAGCCUUCGGCCAGUAGUUCAAGGAACCCACGUAAAGGGAUGUUCAAUAGAAAUUAUGGAAAAACUCCAGCUGCAAAGCUAUAUGAAGCAGUGACUGUUAAACAGCAGUAUGAAGGAGAGCCUUCGGCCAGUAGUUCAAGGAACCCACGUAAAGGGAUGUUCAAUAGAAAAGAUAAUUUCAUUGCUACCCCUUCUAGGGUGGAUGGUUUAGAUAACCGUUUAUCUGUAAAUGAGCAUUCGGUAGAAGAUUUGAUAGACACUCUCUCAAAUAUCAUCAAGAGUGAAGGAGAGCCUUCAGCUAGAAGUUCAAGGAACCCACGUAAAGGGAUGGGUAAUAGAAAAGAUUAUUUCAUUGCUACUCCUUCUAGGGUGGAUGGUUUAGUUAACCGUUUAUCUGUAAAUGAGCGUUCGGUAGAAGAUUUGAUAGACACUCUCUCAAAUAUCAUCAAGAGGGGAGGCAUAAGGCGGCUCUUCAGCGAUCGUCCACGAUCUCCUGCGCACUACAUUGUCUUAGAUGAUCCACCCGUCACUAUUCGACUGAGAAUGGAUCCAUUUCGUGCUGGUUUAGUAGAGAAUAGCAGAUUGAUAUUCGGUUGGCCAGUGUCUCCGCAAUUUCUCCUACCUGCAGCGACCGGUCUUAUUCGAUUUGAUAUCACUCGAAUCAACGUCGGUGGGCCGACCGCUGCUGGGUGCAUCUUCGAGACCCGAGUUGUAGGAUGGAAUGUAACUGGAGAUGUGAGGGGUGGUGGGAUGAGGGGAGAGGGUUGUAGGAAAGGUUGA